UGGAGCCGACGGUGUGUGUGUGUGAGACGGUGUGUUUAAAUGAGUGUGUGUGCUGACAGGAGCUGGCAGAGGUGACAUUCAUCUAUUUCUCCGGUUUGGAAUAAAUGAAAACCUUCCAGUUCGGGAUAUUUACAUGAACCAGCGAUGCCCUGUGUACAAGCCCAGUAUGCAUCCCUGCCCCAUGAAAACUACUUCAGCUCUGAGUUCUUGAAUCCUGACCUCAGUGCCAAACUGGUAAUGGACAUCAGUGGCCAAAAGGACCAGCUGUCUGCGUCUUCGCUGCCCAGCAUCAAUACCCUGGUGGGAAAUGGUUACAUGGGGGAGUUUGAUGCUUAUUCCUGCAAGAUUACCACCUCUCCUCCCGCCUCUACGGUUUCAUUCAGCCACACCGCGGUAGCUGACAGCUCCAGCCCUCAGAUGCAGAACCAGGCCUUCAAGCUGGAUGAUCUCCAGGUGUAUGGCUGUUACCCAGGAUCCUUUGCACUCAACUGCCUCGAUGAAACACUGUCAUCAUGUGGCUCUGACUACUAUGGCAGCCCGGUGUACGCCACUGCUUCCCCUCCAACACCGAGCUUUCAGGCAGAUUCUGCACCUGUCUGGGACUCCCCUUUCAGCCCCUACCCGUCCGCUCCCCCGUCCUCCAUAGCCGACAAGGCCAUGGCUCAUCAGCUUUCCUUUUUCACCUUCAGCCCCACACCAGAGCAGCAUUCACCCCUGAGACACCAUCAGGAUGCUCAGCCGGGACAGGAUGACCCAUUCUUCCUGUCUCCUCAGCAACACGUGUCUCCGCUUCACUGCCAACCAAUGUCUCUGGAACAUGGAGCUCUGGAAAGCUCCAGGAUAGUGGAGGGGGCCAUGAUGUCUCCUAAAACACCAACACCAGGAUCCAGUGAGGGUCGCUGUGCAGUUUGUGGUGACAAUGCAUCAUGUCAGCACUAUGGAGUCCGGACCUGCGAGGGGUGCAAAGGUUUCUUCAAGCGAACUGUCCAGAAAAAUGCAAAGUACGUGUGCCUCGCCAAUAAAGACUGUCCAGUGGACAAGAGGAGGAGAAACCGCUGCCAGUUCUGCCGUUUCCAGAAAUGUCUCGCCGUGGGAAUGGUCAAAGAAGUUGUUCGCACCGACAGCCUCAAAGGCCGCAGAGGUCGCCUGCCCUCCAAACCCAAGACUGCAGUGGAGGCUUUGUCCACGACCCCCAACGUCAACAUCAUAGCGUCUCUCGUCAGGGCUCACGUAGACUCAAACCCAACCAUUGGGAAGCUUGACUACUCCAAGUACCAGGAGACUACAGACAACAUGAAAGAAAAGGAGGAUGCCGGUGAUAUCCAGCAGUUCUAUGACCUGCUGACCGGUGCUCUGGAUGUGAUAAGAAACUGGGCUCAGACCAUCCCAGGAUUCACAGACUUCUGCUCAGAAGACCAGGAGCUGCUCCUUGAAUCUGCUUUCGUUGAACUCUUCAUCCUUCGCCUGGCAUACAGGUCAAAUCCAGAGAAGAACAAGCUGAUCUUCUGUAACGGCGUGGUUCUCCACCGGCUGCAGUGCGCUCGCAGUUUUGGUGACUGGAUUGACUCCAUCAUGGAUUUCUCUCAGAACCUCCACCGCAUGAACUUAGACAUCUCGUUGUUUGCCUGCCUCGCAGCGCUCGUCAUCAUCACUGAUCGCCAUGGCCUCAAAGAACCCAAACGAGUGGAAGACUUUCAAAGUCACCUCAUCACUUGUUUAAGGGAACAUGUUAGCGGAAACGGAUCGGAAUGGAGCCGGACACAACCCAACUAUCUUUCCCGUCUUCUGGGAAAGCUCCCCGAACUGAGGACUCUGUGCACUCAGGGCCUGCAGCGCAUCUUCUACCUGAAGCUGGAGGACCUGGUUCCUCCUCCACCGAUAGUGGAGAAAAUCUUUAUGGAUACACUGCCGUUCUGAAAAACCAACGUGUUGUUUGUAAAAAUGAGAGACACGAAGGAGGCGGAAAGCACAUAAUGAGGUUUUUAUCAAUGAACUCUACAUCUGAACCUCCUUGUAGCACACUGAUUGGUGUGCUAACGUGUCAUUCAAGAGACCAUUACUUUUUUUAAUCAAGUUUUCAAGUUCAAUAUGGUGCCUGUGUGAGUACUAUAAAAUAAUUACUUCAGAGCUAAACUGACACCAAUAUUUCAGGACACUGUUUGUAUAUUUUUUGUGUGCAUUUGUAAAAUGACUUUAUUGCUGUGCUUGAAAUGUGAAUAUUGUCCUGCUUUGCAGCUUGUAAGAUAUGGAUAUUUGGGUAGAUGCAAUGCCGUGUUAAACUCAGAAACACACUAAUUUCUUCAAAAGCACGUUUUCAUUUUGUGCUUUAUGACCCCACUCUGAAGCUGAGAUAGUCUAUAGGCAGAAUCACACGUCCAGUUUGUUAAAAAGAGCUGUGCAGUCCUACUUUUAAGUGGGGGAAAUAUUUACUGAUAUCUUUCUAUCACAAAAUAUAGUCGUAGUCCUAAUCGUGCUCCUGUGGAAGGUCUUGGACCAAAGUUUACCAAAGUUUUUAUUUUGAUACUAACAGUUAAGCACCUCAUUGCCUUAAGCUAAGAAGAAUUAUCUCCCUAUAAAAGCUGAUGCUGGCAGAACUCCUGUUAAACUGCAUGUAACAACAUGCUACCGGGCUUUUAAGAAUGAAAAUAGAUUUGCUGAAUGAAAAUACAAGGUGCCUUUUAUAAAGCCUCAGUCUAUGCGCCACAGUAAGUGACACUAAGUGAAUUUUCAUUCCAAACAUCACAUACAGCAUCACGACAGUUUAUACUUGACUGAGUACAGGGGGUCCUCGACUUAAGUCUAUUUUCGCCGCAAGUUGGAACUCCAGUGAAAAUGUAAACAAAGCCAUUACGUGCAUUAGGAUAUAUCAGUUCACAUAUUUGUUCAACUACAGUAACGACAAACAGUUAUUAGCUCACACUGAAACACAACUCGGUAGGAAAAUACCUGCGAAAAUGUAAACUGUAAGUCUGACUUACGCUUGGCAGCCAUAAUGAAGUUAGUGAAUGCAGUAUAAUCCAAUGUGGUGGCAAAUGUAAACAAAACCAUCUUAUAGCGCCACGUCACUACUGUACAUACAGUAUUCCUCCGCUCCGUUCACCAUGUGACCACAUAAUCAUCUGCUCGGCUCGCCAUCUAGCUCCACUGAACCAGUUCCAACAUAAUCACGAAACGCCGUACGUUAAACCGAGGACCAGCCCGUAAUCAGUUCCAAAUAACGGCAAAAUGACAUAAGUCGAGGACAUUGUAAACCGAGGAUCUCCUGUAAUAUGAUUUCAGGUUUGUCGCACCUUUUGAUACAAAGUGCCUGUGAUGUUUUCAAGGCAGUGAAAGUUACUGUGCAGCCAUCUAGUUCAAAAUUACAUUAAGUUGAAGCACAUUUCAGAGUGUCCUUGUAUAAACAAUUAGACACAGCCUACCCUCUCUAUGAUUUCUGUAAAUGUACACCACAAAACACUUGAGAAUUCAAAUGCAAACGGCAGCAUCUUGUUUGUCAUCAGCUGCUCUUGUCUUUGGCUGCAGAUGUGUUUUGAACCUCAACUUCUUCCUGUCUUCCACAUCUUUCUGAAUUGUGUAGUUUUUUUUUAUAUAUAUAUAUUCAUUGGAUUUAUUUUUUAUUUGAAUUUCAGAACGUGCUACAGGAAAUUUCUUAAGGAAUCACAGUGAAACGUGGUGACGAGAUGAGCAGCUAAGAGCACUUCAAACGGUGCUCAAACAGUACGAUGAAAAGUUCUUUCUCCUACUGUGUCCGUUUUGUGUGGAAUACGUGUGUGUGCACAUUCAAAAAUACUGCCGGGCCUUUUGUAAAACGGUGCAGAAAUGUUUAAAGGCAGAGAAUACUUGAUAUUAAACCUUUUGGAAAAUA